UCCCGUCAUACCUCGCGUGGCCAACGGCUCUCUACGGAAAGAGCCUCAUUGAAACAUUGAGCCGCGGCUGUUGAGCUCGACUCAGGCUCAAAAUUUUUAUAGCACAUAGGUGUAGAAGUCGCUCGUUAUUUACAACGUGCGUACGGCACACAGCCCCGUUCUUUGUUUAUUUGACUGCGGCGGUGUGGCGUGCCUUAUUGGGCUCGGUGGCUGGAUUUGGUCGGGGAGGCAACGGGGAAGUACGGGGACUGGUCCCGAGCGAUGAUGGACCUGGAAUCGGCCAGUAACCGAGGCGAACUGGGAGCAGUGGGGGACUCGCUGCAACCGCCGACACCGAGCAGGCACGAAAAGAGCCUGGGACUUCUCACCACCAAGUUUGUGACUUUACUACAGGAGGCGAAGGACGGCGUUCUGGACCUAAAAGCUGCCGCCGACACCUUGGCGGUGCGACAGAAGCGACGGAUUUAUGACAUCACCAAUGUGCUGGAAGGAAUAGGACUAAUAGAGAAAAAGUCCAAGAACAGUAUUCAGUGGAAGGGUGUAGGUCCAGGUUGUAACACCAGAGAGAUUGCAGAUAAGCUCAUUGAUCUGAAGGCAGAGUUGGACGACCUGGCGCUGAGAGAAGAUGAGCUGGACCAGCAGAGGGGCUGGGGUCAGCAGAGCAUCAAGAACGUCACAGACGACUCCAACAAUAGUCCUAUGGCAUAUGUCAAACACGAUGACCUGUGUGGAGCGUUCAAAGAUGAAACACUCCUGGCAAUUCGCGCUCCCAUCGGCACACAGCUGGAGGUGCCCAGGCCAGAAGAUCCCAUCAACGGACAGAGAAAGUGCCAGAUCCGUCUCAAAAGUUCCUCCGGUCCUAUCGAUGUUUUGCUAGUCAACAAAGACCCGUCCAGUGCCUCUCCCGUGGUUUUGCCCGUCCCUCCUCCAGAUGACGUUCUCCAGAACCUCCCAGCACCAGCUCCUACCUCCCACCCAGCCACAGCUGCCUCACAGUUUUCCAAAGCAGUUCAAGCAUCUCCAACAAAACCUGGUCCUGCCGUGACAUCGGCUUCAGUCACAGAAGUGACCAGCACGACGCCACUCGCACUCACAACAGAAGCUACGGCCGCAGUCACUCAGCAGCUUCAGUCUUCUGCCUCCCUGGAUGGAUCUGCGUCCACAUCCUCCUCCGCAGCGUUUGAACCCAUAAAGUCCAACCCUUCUGAAUUGCUGGAGUUUCCCAAAGAUCUGUCAGACAUGUUUGAUCCAACGAAGGAAAUCAUGAGUGGAGACCUGCUGGAUGACUUGAUGUCAUCAGAAGUGUUCUCGCCCCUCCUCCGCCUGUCUCCUCCACCCAGCGACCACGACUACGUAUACAACCUGGAUGAGACAGAAGGCCUGUGCGACCUCUUUGACAUCCCCAUUCUCAACCUCUGACCCCCGACCCUGACGUCAGAGCAGCAAACGUUUGCCCUCACCUGCUGAUCUACCUUGUUUCAGGCCCCACGUUAUCUUCUCGCUGUCAGGCAAGGUAAGAAAGAAGUCCGGGAAAGCCAACAGGAGGACACACCUGCACCGAGCUUGGUCCGAGGGUCGGUCAGACGGCAGCUCCAUGUACAGCCUCGUGAAGAGACACAGAUCAGAACAAGAAGAACAGUUACACCUGCGUUUCCAGGAGAACUGAGUCAAAGGAAGUCAUUUCUGUUUCGGACUCUUUAUGUAUAGAUCUUCAUGUUUGUCCGUCAACGUUGCUGGUUGCUCCUGAGCAUCUGUCAGCAAGCUCACUUCACACCUAUGUCUGUCUCUGUCUUUCUUUUUUCUUUUGUCAAAAAAAUCUUUUUUUUCAUGUUCAACGUCUCCAGCAACAAGAAGAAACAAAAACCUACCAGAGUAUUGCUUUUAUCACCGGGGUGCGAUUCAAACUGCACUGUCUUCAUGUAAAUAGAGAGGAUAUAUUUUCUAAUUUCCCACCAACAAAAAAACUCACUGAAAUAUAAUGAACCACACUGGAGACAGAGGCAGAGUAGUACUGUAGUAUAACACACGAGAGAGACGUACGUAUGUCGUGGUAGCGGUCACGCACGAGGUGCAGACCUGUUUAGGUUAAAUAACAAACCAAUAAUGUAUUAUUUGUACUUUAAAAAGUCUUGGACCAAAUGAAAACAAUUCAGUUAAGGGAAAAAAAAUAUUAAAACUUUAUCUUUAGAGACAGAAUGGCACAAAAUACAUGACUGGGGAUUUUUUUUUUACCUGAAUCUUUAAAUACUAGAUCUGUCAUUGUCUGAUCUUCAAAUAUGCACGACACACAUAAUAACCACUGUCUUUUGAAAACUUUGCCUGAAUCAGUGGUUCCCAAACGUCUUCUGCAGCCUAUUGUCAAGCCCCCGCCCCACACUUUGGGAACUACCUGCCUCGAUCAAGGGGUUUUUUUUUUUUGUUUGUUUUUUUAUGUUUUCCUUCCAGGUCAGUUGCUGCUUUAAAAAAAAACUUUCUAAUAGUCUCUUUUACCAGAAAAGCAAGAGCAUUCUUAUUUACAAAGCUGCCACGUGAUUGGUCGGAGUCUGCCAUCAUGGGAAUAUUUCACUAAAUGAAAUUUUGAUUGACACUGAAUGAAAACGGUGCAAACAUUGAUCGAUUAUACCAAAAAUCUGUCGACUACAACAGCUUUAACAACGUCGAGGUCAUCGAGUUUUGGAACCGGUGGCUUCUGAAAAACUCUACGUUAUCAGAAUAAGGUUCUUGAAAUGGUGAGAAGUUCGGUCCUUCACUAAAACCAAGUAAGUUCUCAGAGUUAUUUGAGCUUCGGUUUGUGCUGUUACCAGGGAACUGGAGUCACUUUUACCCCCUAACCCCCCUUUUUUUUAUAUUAAUUUUAGUUUCAAAUGCCCUCCUCACCAUGUUGUAUUUGUAUGAAUACAAUUGUUGUGCAUAUUGUCACCAUGUCAAUAAAUAUAAUUCUGUUUUGUAUAUUUGGCACAAUUCCAGAUUGUUUGUUUGUUUUUUUCUUUUCUUUUGUUUUCUCCUCAUUCUCCCAACAUUUUCUAAACAUUUCUGUCUCUGUACAGAGCACAAAAGACUUGUUACUAAUUAAAAACGAUACAGUUUCACUAUUGAGUUUUUCUACGAUGCUUCUGUAAAGUAACUGUUUGUUUAAGAUCCUGUUUUUUUUUCUCUCCCCAGGAUAAAAUGUAUGUAUGUACAGUUAUGUACCGUGUAUAUCCUUCACCACUGCUUGUAUAGGAUAGCGUUUAUUUUUUUAUACAAUAUUAUUACAAUACUACGUGGUCGUUGCUAACUGCUUUACAGCUAAACGUGUAGUUUCAAAGGGUCAAUCAAAAAAAUCUUGUUUUCUUCCUAAAAAAAGUGUCUCAUCAUUGCACUUUACGUCACUGUGGUAACGCCUGCUGCUGCUCGUUCACUCCGGAGCUAAGUUUUCAUCCUGUGGGAUGUUGUUGUGGAGCAGAACAGACAUAGGAAGAACAAAUCGUGUCCGUUUUGCAGAUGUUCAAGAUGUAAAACUACAGGCUGUUUUUCACAGGCCCGUCAUUUGUGAGGACGUAGUUUCAUCAAAAGAAAAUAAAAGUGUUUUGGUAUUCCUUA